AUGGAUGGUCUGGAGGCUCAGAUCAAAAACUUGGAGUCGUUGGUCAACAUCCCGUUCCCUAGCACGCUGCGAGCUAUGCAAUCUUUUCUCAGGAGCUUGAACUACUACCGCCGCUUCAUUGAGGAUUUCGCGGUGUUGUAUGAGUUAAGAGAAUUGGAUUUCUUCGAGAUCGGCCGAUCUCAGCUUGCAGCAGGAGACGAAUGCUCCAACGAGGGUCGAUGGACGGAAGCCAAGGUUGCUUUCAAUUUGCUAAAGGCUAAGAUAGCUACAGCUCCCAUGCUCAAACAUUUCGAACCCGAUCGCCCUCCAGUGAUCGUGGUCUACGCUAGCAAGUGGGCUGUUUCAGCGGCCCUGAUACAGGAGUACGAUGGCGUGUACCAUCCGGUGACGUUUACGAGCCGCACUUUAAAGCCCAAUGAGCUUAACUACGGAACGGUGGAAAAGGAAGUGCUGGCGUUACUUCGUGUUUUGGAUGUGUGCUAUACUACGCUUGCUUCGCGGGAGAUCACUUUGCUGACCCGACAUUCUACGUUAGCGUGGUUGAUGCAAUCUCGAGGGCUCAACGGGAGAUUAGGACGGUGGGCUGCUUUGCUGUCGAACUGGACUAUGGAGGUGAAGAGGUGCGAAAAAGGAGAAGAAGAGAUUUUGGGCAUGCUAGCUGCGAGUAUCACCCCGAGAGAAGAGGUGCAAGAGAUGCUGAUUGCGAUUUCCCCCCGAAAGGACUGCCGACUCAAAAUAUCGACGCCCCUUCCAAUGGUGGAAGCAGACGAGGAGUUGCUGGUGGCCAGUUUUGAUGGAUCGGCGAGGAUAAAAAUAAAGGAGGGUCGUACAGUGCUGUGA